AUGGCUGACUCGGGCAACAUCAAGGUCGUGGUGCGAUGUCGCCCCAUGAACUCGCGAGAACGCAAUCGAGGCGCAUCCAAUCUCAUCGAGUUUGUCGACCACCAUCAGCUCGUACUCCAGCCGCCAGGCGAAGGCGACAGCAAAGAGUCCAGCAAAGCCACCAAGAAGAAGUCGAUGCCCUUCUCCUUCGACAGAGCCUACGACGAGAACACAGAACAGGACGAGCUCUUCCAAUACAUCGGUGUUGAGCUGCUUCAACAUGCAUUCAACGGAUUCAACACUUGUGUCUUUGCUUACGGUCAGACUGGCUCUGGCAAAUCGCAUUCCAUGGUCGGAUACGCGGAAGCCAAAGGUCUCACUCCACUCACCUGCUCUCGCCUCUUUGACGACAUCCGCGACAAGACCGAGGCGGACGAGAAUCUCACCAUCAGUGUCGAGGUCAGCUAUAUGGAGAUCUACAACGAAAAGGUGCGCGAUCUGCUCAACCCCAAGAACAAGGGUAAUCUCAAAGUCAGAGAGCAUCCGAGUCUGGGACCGUAUGUUGAGGAUCUCAGCAAGCUGGUCGUGUCCAGCUUUCGCGAUAUCGAGAACCUGAUGGACGAAGGCAACAAGGCCAGAACCGUGGCUGCGACCCAAAUGAACGAGACCAGUUCGCGGUCACACGCAGUCUUCACACUCGUCCUCACACAGAAGCGCCUCGACGUCGAGACCAAGCUCGAGACCGAGAAAGUGUCUCGCAUUUCGCUCGUCGAUCUGGCCGGUUCGGAACGUGCCAAUUCCACAGGUGCUACGGGUGCUCGCCUCAAGGAAGGUGCCAACAUCAAUCGCUCGCUCACCACACUUGGCAAAGUCAUUGCUGCUCUGGCGGCAGCGUCAGGCGUUGAAACGCCCGUCAAGGGAGGCAAGAAGCCAAAAGGGGCCAGUCUCGACAACUUUGUGCCCUAUCGAGACUCCGUUCUUACCUGGCUGCUCAAGGACAGUCUGGGUGGCAACUCCAAAACCGCCAUGAUUGCUGCCAUCUCCCCCGCCGACUACGAGGAGACGCUCAGCACACUUCGAUACGCGGACCAAGCCAAGAAGAUCAAGAACAAGGCCGUGGUCAACGAAGACCCCAAUGCCAAGCUCAUCCGCGAGCUCAAGGAGGAGCUGGAGCUGCUGCGCACGCGUGUCUCUGGCGGCGGCGGUGUCCACGGCGAGAGCAGCUGGGAUCCGUCAAUACCGCCCGAAAAGCAGGUGGUGCGCUACCAGACCAGAACAGGAGAGAUCAAGACCGUCACCAAGGCGGAAUUGCAGGAUCAGCUCGAGCAGAGCGAGAAGAUCAUGAGCAGUCUCAACGAGAGCUGGGAGGAGAAGCUCGCCAAGACGCACGAGAUCCAGGUGGAGAGGGAGAAGGCGCUGGAGGAGCUGGGCAUCUCGGUGGACAAGGGCAAUGUCGGUGUUCACACGCCCAAGAAGCUGCCUCACUUGGUCAACCUGAACGAGGACCCGCUCAUGUCGGAAUGCCUGAUCUACCAGAUCAAGCCUGGUCAAACACUGGUGGGCAACCUCGAAAGCGGGCCCGACGUGCACAUCAAGCUCAGCGGCACCAAGAUCCUUACCAAACACUGCAUGUUCGACAAUCAAGAUGGAUCGGUCACGGUGACGGCCCUGGCUGACAGUAUGACCAUGGUCAACGGCAAGCGAUUGUCGCCGGACGAGCCGAAGAGGUUGCGGUCCGGGUAUCGAGUCAUUCUCGGCGACUUUCAUGUCUUCCGAUUCAACCAUCCCGAGGAAGUGCGCAAGGCUCGAGAUCGCGUACGCUCCACCUUGGCCAUGUCAACGGGCGACGCACAGAACGAGACGCUGGUCGAUGGCGAUCUGCCCGCUACUCGACCUGACUCGCCUGCGUCAGGGGACGUCGACUGGACCUACGCCCGUCGCGAGUACGCCAUGUCCAAGCUCAACGGACAGAACGUCAACUUCGACAAUCUCAACGAGGAAGAUCUGGAGAAGCUGUUCGAGGAUAUCUCGAGAGCACGCUCGAAAAAGUCGAUGGGAAGCGCUCUGGGUCGGCCAGAGAGCAGAGCGAGUCUGUUCGACGACAAUGCCAGCGAGUCGGCGAGUUCAGUGGUCAGACCGUACUCGUACGGUGCCAUGACGGAUGAUACGAGCAUUGACCCGUGGAGUCAGGCGGGGAGCGAGAUGGGAUCCAUGCGUUUCGGUCCGGGGACACCCAUCAAGAACGGUGCGUACAGCGAGUCGGGAGCAGCCUCGCCGGCUGUGAUGGCCGCUAGCCACCGGGAGACAGAGUCGCUGCGAGCCAAGGUGCGCGAAUACGAGCAACAGAUCACUCGUAUGAACUUUGGCUCUCCGUCGCUUGGCUCGCUGCGACUCGGAGAUGCACCGUUCGAGUAUAGCGACGCACAGAAGGAGCUGCUCCGCAAAGCACUCGCAAAAUGGAGGGGUCACACCAAGGUGUCGAUGGCCGAAGAUGCUCUUUCGAAAGCGGUCCUCGUCAAAGAAGCCAACGUCAUCAGCAAGGAGCUGGGCAAACGCGUCACCUACCAGUACACUGUCGUCGACGACUUUCCUCUCGCGGUCCCCAAUUCAGGUGUCGAGGCCAUCGCGGGAUUGACCGAGUUCGACGACGUGUCCGACCCGGACCUCGCCUCGUGCGCCAAGCCCUGCAUGGGUAUCAAGGUGCUCGACUACAUCCACUCGACGUGCUACGUCUGGUCGAUGCCCAAGUUUGAACAGCGUCUGCAGAAAAUGCGCAACCUCUACACGUUUGUCGACAAGCCCGAGUAUUCGCGGCACUUCAACUGGUCCGACCCGUUCUACGAGGCGCCACAUCCGACAUAUGCCUUCGUGGCGAGCACCUUGGUUCCGCUCCACGCGCUGUCGAAGCAAGUGUCGACAAAGUACCGACUGCCGUUGCACGACCGGCAUACAGGGCAGCAGAUCGGAUCGUGCUCGGUGUCGCUCAAGUUUGUCAGUCUGGCACCGGUGCCUAUGUCAGGGAGAGAAAGGGCGAGCUUGUCGGCGCCCAGCGGGUCUCCGCGUGGCCCCAGCUCGCCCACCCCUUCGUCGUCUACCGGUGGCACUGCGGCAGAUCUGCCGGUAGGUCAGAAGCUGGGCUUUCAGAUCCUGGUGGAUUCCGUCUCGGGCAUCUCAAGGGAAGACUUCGCAAGCGUUCAUCUUCAGGUCAAGCUCAGCUCGUUUGCCGGCAACGCACUCGGCAAGGACGAGAUCUACACCUCAGUGCCGGUCGAUCUCGUCGGCGAAGACUCGAUCGCUGAACUGCGACUGCGUAGGACGGUGUCGUUCGUGCUGACACCAGAAUCGAUCGAGUGGCUGCGCAGUGGAUCGGCACCUAUCGAGCUGUAUGCCAAGGUCAGACCGCAGUACUUGGUCGCCUUGGAGCAGCACGACAACACUCGAGAGAGUCAAGAUCCGCAAGCAAACGGCUUCGCACCGCUCCACGCGAUCAAUGGUGAAGACGGAGCGGCAGGGCUGACCAGGACCGGUCUCAAGACCAUGUCCAAGACGAUGAAGGAGCGACUGUCGGAGAACGAGAUGCGCGGCGAGGAGCGACACCACAUCCUGGCCUCUGUGCAGAUCUGCGAGCUGGAUUCUUCCGGCGAGUAUCUUCCCGUCCCUGUGCGGGCUCAGUCGGCUCUCGAUCCGGGGUCUUUCUUCCUGCGGCAGGGGUUGCAGCGGAAGCUCGUGAUGCACUUGGCGCAUGAUUCGGGCAGACAAUUUGCAUGGAGCAAAGUGACCAAGCUCGAACUCGGCGACGUCCAACUGCUGGACGCAAGAGGUCGCAUGCACGGCGGUAAAUCCUCCGACACCAUCCAGCUCAAGGCACCGGUCAAGCAGCAGACGCUCGAGUUCCCCAACGACGGCACGAGCGAGCUCAGUCUCUGGGCCUGGUGGGACAGCAGUGUGCACGACAGCAUCAAUCUCAAUCGCACCACGGCAAGCGGGCACCGGGUGCUGAUGCGACUCAGCUUCGAUGUCGAGGUCGAUCGCUGCGCCACGCCUGUGGCCUUUUCCAUGGAUCUGGCCGUGUCGAUCAAUCCACGCGACGCAAAGCCACCAGGACGGUUGUGGGGUUACAUCGAGUCUGCCACGAGCGGCGCGCGGACGCUGACGAAGACGAGUGCGAUUUUCAGCGUCAAGUUGGUGCCACCGAUGACGAAGAAGACGGCGGAUCUGUGGAGGUUGGAUACGGCCAAGAAGUAUGUUCGGGGUCAGGAGGCGCUGAAGGGGUGGAAGGCGAGGGGUGUGAGUCUGGUCAAGGAUCAUGAGGAGUUGGUGAGGAAGCAGAGCAGGAGGGCAGAUGUCGAGGGUGUGAGGGCGAUGUUGAAGGCUCAUCCUCCCGCGGCCAGUGCAAGGGACGAGCACGAUGAAGGAAGACUAGAGUUAUUGGACAGGGUGGUGAGGAUGUGGCAGCGCGCAGUGCGGGAUGCAAAGAUGCAGGUGGUCAUUGCGGAACAGCCCAGUGCCAAUGGUGAUGACAGCGAAGUUGCUCGCGGAAAAGGAGCCAAUGGGCUAGCAGGCAUGUUCUCGCCCCCCACUCCCGACACCGACGAUGCGAACGGACUGGGCAUCGACACCACUCCCUCCGCAUCUCCGACCAAACUCGACCGCACCUCGUCCAACACCUCGAACUCGGCCCUCCUCCCCGCCUUCACCCCCACCCCCAAGCUCACCGCCAUCGUAUCCCUCGUUCCGCGCACAGACACCACCUCGCACCGGGGCCACCUCUCCAUGUCCCUCGCCGACGCGUGGGUGCGUCGCUGGUUCGCCCUCCGUCGCCCCUACCUCUACGUCUACGAGUCCAACGCCGAACUCGAAGAGAUCAUGGUCAUCCACGUCGCCUCGGUGCGCGUCGAGCAUGAUGAAAACAUCGAAAGGAUGCUCGGCAAGGAGAACGUCUUCGGGGUGUACACGAGUAACAAUAGUUACUUUUUGCAGGCGAGGGACGCGAAGGAUCGAGAGGGGUGGAUGGGCGCCUUGGACGGGUUGUACGAUGGGCAGGGGAAGGAUGGUGAUUGA